UAGGUCUGUGCUGGUGGUGCUGGUAGUGAUUCCAUACUCUUUGUUUGCAGUUCACUAAUAUUAAUUACUCAGAAUGGAUGAACCAAAAAAAGGUUCUCAGUCUAUAAGUGUCGAAGAACUUAGGGCUAAAGGUAACGACUGUGUUAAGAAUGGGAAAUUCAUUGAAGCGGUAUUACAUUAUACCCAGGCCAUUAAAAUGGAUCCAAACAACUACGUUUUAUACAGCAAUAGGUCGUUCGCAUUCUUGAAGUUAGAUCAACAUUAUCUAUCCCUUCAGGAUGCUAAUGAAACUGUUAGAUUACAACCACAAUGGGCAAAGGGGUAUUUCCGCCGAGCUGAAGUUGAAGCAGCUAGUGGGUUGUAUGAUGAAGCAGUUAUUUCUUACACAAGAGCUUUACAGCUUGAACCACACAAUGUUAAGUUAAUGGAGUCGAUAAAAACUAUUACUGAUGAACAAAAGAAAAAGAUUAAAGGUCACCAAAAUACUAUCUGGAUUUGCACUUGUGUGGGGUUCAUUAUAGGUAUAGGUGUUGUUAUAUUAGAUUACACCUUGACUACAAAUCCAACAUUAAAUCAUCCCUUUAGCAUGGUAGCAUUUUCAAUAGCACUAGCAGGGCUGGGAUGGACUAUAGGAAAAACUUCAACAUUAAUGAAUGCGUGGAGUGCUGGUAAAUCCCUACAGCCACCACCAGAUUUAGUUACCAAUGAAACAAAUGAAAAUGACUCCACUCCUCCAGAAAAAAAGACAAAAUAUAGUAAAGCACAAGCAAGACAGAGGUAUAAGCAAGGGAAACUUUAAGAACACAUCUUCGUCAUAGGCCCACUCAUUAUUUCGUUAGCCGAUAUAUAGGCCUUUCCGAAAGUGGAGGAUCACAUAUCCGCCGCGACUUCACGCCACCUUAAUAUGGUCCAGCAAACUGGAGAAUGUCCCGCACUGCGAUUAUGAUACGCAGUCUCCCCUCCAAAACUAUGUUUACUUGUUUUUUUAACACUGCCUAUACUACCUUAUUCAUCAUAAAUUAUAAUUGCAAUGCUUACAGUCUUGUCAAAAAAUUAUUAACAGGGCUCUCUCCGUCACUUACUCCAUACAAUCGUAGUUCCAAUUUCAUUUGAAUAUUAAGCAACCAAAGUCCCUGAAAUUUUGCAGACAUAUUCUAGAAACUAAUAUCUGUGCCUGUGGUGUUUUAGAUUUGUCUAAAAAUAUGCACCUAGUUUUAAAAUUACAGGGACUCACAGAUUUUUACGUGAAUUUUGAAGGCCGCGUAACUUUGAAACCGAAUAUUUUAACAGAAAUCUGGAAAACCACAGGCAUAGAUAUUAGUUUCUAGAAUAUGUUAAAUUUAAUGGACUUUGGUUGCUUAAUAUUCAAAUGAAAUUGGAACUACGUUAGUAUGAAGCGAGUGAUGGAGAGACCCCUCUUAAAACUGGUAAGAUUGAAAGACUGCUGAUGUAUAAGUAUGUAAUUAUUAUGUUACCUAUGUAUAUUGUAAUUACGAAUGUUCAAUGUUUAUAGAUAAAGAUGGUUCGAGCACUCCUAAUACCUAAUUGAAAUAAAUAUAUAUUUAUUGUGCUAUCCCACAAGUGAAUGAUGCUCAAUUAUGCUCACUCUAAUUUGGCAGUCCAAGUGGUAUAGAUAUAACUAAAUAUUUGCUUCAAGUAGGUAUAAAGUGUUUGAUCCAUCAUUAUUUUGUGAUUUUGAUAUGUUUAUUGAAAAAUGAUAACAGGUCACCACUCAAGGAAUAAAAGCUAGUCUAUUGAAACUUGAGAGAUGUAGAGAGAGCCCCAUUUUAAGAAGCAAAUAGGUUUUUUAUUGUUUGAUAGGCUUGCGCUUGACAAAAAUCAUGCUAAAGAGUCAAGUUCUAAGAUGGAGCGUGCUUGUCUAACUUGUAUUAUUAACUAUGUUUAUGUUAUCUGUUGAUUUAAUAAUAAUAAUUAUUCAAAUGCUAGAUGAGAUUAGACUGCAUUACAUAAAUAGUAAGUAAGAUGGUUUUUGUAAUUGGGUAAAAAGGUUUGUAAAGGUCUUUAGGAAGUAUUUUUAAUAUUUGACUUAUACAGUUUAUUCCAUUUAGAUUUGUAUAAAUAAUUUGGUACUUAGGUUUAAGACAGACUGUUGAUCUUGAAAAGACAUGGUUGAAUUAUUUAACUGUAUUGAAAUGCAUUCUGGCAAUAAAAGUUGAA